AUGGUCGCCUCCGGCAGCAAGCGCUCCCGCCGCGCCCGGGCACCCAUUCCCGCGCCGUCGUCGCCACCCCCACCGCCGGCGCCCCCGGCUCCCCAGUCGCCGCCGCAGCUGACGUCGCUGCUGGCGCUCCUCGCCUCCUCCGUCACCCUGGCGCUGCGGUUCGCGUCCGACCGCGACCUCCUCCUGCUCCCGUCCCAGACGCUGGCGCUCGACCCGCUCCUCCUCUCCGCGGCGCGCGCCGUGUCCCGCCUCCUCCCCGCCUUCUUCCAGCUCCUCCACGCCCUCGAUCUCCCCGCCCCCGCCGCCUCGUCCUCGUCCCUCGCGCUCCCGGCCGAUCACAAGCUCGGCGCCGCGCUGUUCCGCCUCGCCCACGCCGCGCCCGCGCGUGCCGUGGCGCGCCGCUUCGGCCUCCCGUCCCCCGCCGUCGCCGCGCGCGCGUUCUACGAGGUCUGCCGCGCGAUUGCCGACCGCCUCGCCAUGCUGCUCGACCUCGCCGCGCCCGACCGGAUCGCGCGCGCCGUCCCGGGAUUCUGCGCACUCUCGCUGCCCAACUGCUGCGGCGCGCUCGGGUACGCGCGGUUCGGGGAGGCCGCCAUCGCGCAGGCGCUGGUCGACGCCGACGGUCGCUUCCUCGACGUCUCCAUCGGGUGGGACCCGGAGAUGGCUCCGGCUGAGAUCCUCCCACGGACGAAGCUGUACACCUCCCAGUCCAUCGUGCUCGCCAAUGCGCCUCAGGGCGAGCUCAUCGGUGGCUCGGUGCCCCGCUACUUCUUGGGGCCUGCUUGCUGCCCGCUGCUCCCCUGGCUUGUGACACCGUACAAACAUGGGAAUGCCACUGAUGACUUAUUAUCCAAAGAGAGCAUCUUUAACCAUGUGCACGCGCACGGGCUGCAGGUGGUGAAAAGUGCCUUUGGCCAUGUGCGAGCACGGUGGAGGCUUCUGGAGGAAUGCUGGAAGGGUGAGUGCCAAGAGGCAUUGCCGUAUGUUGUAGUUGCCGGUUGUCUGCUCCACAAUUUUCUCAUCAAAUGCGGGGAGCCGAUGCCUGAGGAGAUUCAGGGGAAUGCUGAUGCUGAUGAGUUUGUGGACUUUGAGGGUGAGAAGGACAAGGAGGGGGAGAGGAUCAGGGAUGUUCUUGCUGCACAUUUGAGCUUGGUAAGCCGAAAUCAGUGA